ACCAUGAGUGUGACACUUUCCCCUCUGAGGUCACAGGACCUGGAUCCCAUGGCUACUGAUGCUUCACCCAUGGCCAUCAACAUGACACCCAUUGUGGAGCAGGGAGAGGGAGAAGAGGCCAUGAAGGACAUAGAUUCUGACCAGCAGUAUGAAAAGCCACCUCCACUCCACACAGGAGCUGACUGGAAGAUUGUCCUCCACUUACCUGAAAUUGAAACCUGGCUCCGGAUGACCUCAGAGAGGGUCCGGGACCUGACCUAUUCAGUGCAGCAGGACUCAGACAGCAAGCAUGUGGAUGUACAUCUGGUUCAACUAAAGGACAUUUGUGAAGACAUUUCUGACCAUGUCGAGCAAAUCCAUGCCCUCCUGGAAACAGAGUUCUCCCUAAAGCUGCUGUCCUACUCUGUCAAUGUGAUUGUGGACAUCCAUGCAGUGCAGCUUCUCUGGCACCAGCUCCGGGUCUCUGUGCUGGUCCUGCGAGAGCGCAUUUUGCAAGGACUUCAGGACGCCAAUGGCAACUACACCAGGCAGACCGACAUUCUGCAAGCUUUUUCUGAAGAGACAAAGGAGGGCCGGCUUGAUUCUCUAACAGAAGUGGAUGACUCAGGACAGUUAACUAUUAAAUGUUCUCAAAAUUACUUGUCUCUGGAUUGUGGCAUUACUGCAUUUGAACUGUCUGACUACAGUCCAAGUGAGGAUUUGCUUGGUGGCCUGGGUGACAUGACCUCUAGCCAGGUCAAAACCAAACCUUUUGACUCUUGGAGCUACAGUGAAAUGGAAAAGGAGUUCCCUGAGCUUAUCCGAAGUGUUGGGUUACUUUCAGUGGCUACUGACCCCAUCCCUUCCACCUGCAGUGAAGCAGUCAGUGAGGAGACAUCUCAAGUAUCUCUUUCAGCAGAGGACAAAGGUAGAUGUGAGGAAAACAAAGCUUCUGCCAUUGAAGAACAACAAGAUCUAACACUGGGAAUGUCAUCUUCAGGGGAAGCACUAACAAAUACUGUUCUGCCCUCUUCUGACAGUACGAAGCAAGAAUCUAGUUCCUCCCCACAUUUUGGUGGGAAGAACCAACAGCCUCUUCCUUGUGAAAAUACAACCCCCAAGCGAUCCAUCAGAGAUUGCUUUAAUUAUAACGAGGACUCUCCCACCCAGCCCACAUUGCCAAAAAGAGGGCUUUUCCUUAAAGAAGAAACUUUUAAGAAUGAUCUGAAAGGCAGUGAUGGUAGGAAGCAGAUGGUUGAUCUGAAGCCAGAGAUGAGCAGAAGCACCCCUUCACUGGUGGACCCUCCUGACAGAUCUAAACUUUGCCUGGUGUUACAGUCUUCCUACCCCAACAGCCCAUCUGCUGCCAGCCAGUCCUAUGAGUGUUUGCACAAGGUAGGGGUUGGGAAUCUUGAAAAUAUAGUCAAAAGUCACAUUAAAGAAAUCUCUUCCAGCCUGGGAAGGCUUAACGACUACCAUAAAGAGAAACCACAACUGAAGAAACCACACAAGACCUCAGAAGAGGUGUCUGCAUGCCAAGUACCUAAACGGGGAACUGUUUCUGGCAAGCAGACUGAAAACAUAAAGUGCCCAGUAAUGCGAAAUGGAAAGCCUUCUGGUGUUUCCAAGGCCAUAGAGGGACCAGAAACAGAUUCUGCUUCCACAUCCUCAGUUGAGCUGUGUAAUCAGAGAAGUUGGAAUGGCAAAUUGCCAGUGCAGUCAGAAACAUCCAGUUCACCACCCUUCACUCAGAGUAGUGAGUCCUCUGUUGGCUCAGAUAACAUCAUGUCUCCUGUACCCCUUCUUUCCAAACAGGAAGAUAAAAAAAGUUGUUCCUCUUCCCCAAGUCAUGUCACCAGGAACGGUCAGGUUGUGGAGGCCUGGUAUGGUUCCGAUGAAUACUUGGCACUGCCAUCUCACCUUAAGCAGACAGAAGUGUUAGCUUUGAAGUUGGAAAAUCUCACAAAGCUUCUGCCUCAGAAACCUAGAGGAGAAACCAUUCAGAAUAUUGAUGAUUGGGAACUGUCUGAAAUGAAUUCAGAUUCUGAGAUCUAUCCAACAUACCACAUCAAGAAAAAACAUACAAGGCAAGGCAGGGUGUCUCCAAGCUCAUCCAGUGACAUAGCCUCUUCCCUGGGGGAGAGUAUUGAAUCUGGACCUCUGAGUGACAUUCUUUCUGAUGAGGAGUUGUAUAUGCCUCUCUCUGGCAUGAAAAAAUACCUUGAUGAGAAGUCAGAGAGAGCCUCAUCCUCUGAGAAAAAUGAGAGCCAUUCUGCUACAAAAUCAGCCUUAAUCCAGAAACUAAUGCAAGAUAUUCAACAUCAAGACAAUUAUGAAGCCAUAUGGGAAAAAAUAGAGGGGUUUGUAAACAAGCUGGAUGAAUUUAUUCAGUGGUUAAAUGAAGCCAUGGAAACCACUGAGAACUGGACUCCCCCUAAAGCAGAGACGGAUGGCCUUAAACUCUACCUGGAGACGCACUUGCUGGUGUUUCAGUGUAUAUACUUGGAAAUUUGUCAUCUUGCAUCUUGCUGUAGUUUUAAGCUGAAUGUGGAUAGUCAUUGUGCUCUCAAGGAAGCUGUGGAGGAGGAAGGACACCAACUUCUCGAGCUUAUUGCAUCCCACAAAGCAGAAGGUCUGAAGGACAUGCUGAAGAUGAUUGCAAGUCAAUGGAAAGAACUGCAGAGGCAAAUCAAACGGCAACACAGCUGGAUUCUCAGAGCUCUGGAUACCAUCAAAGCUGAGAUACUGGCUACUGAUGUGUCUGUGGAGGAUGAGGAAGGGACUGGAAGCCCCAAGGUAAGUGGCUUGAAGUUUGCCUUAUUUCCUCUUAUUUCUGUCUUCUUUUGAACUAGGCACCACUGAAGUUUUCUUUCCACCCCUAAGGCUUUUCGUUUCUAGUGGGUAAACUUUAUACAUCCAUCUAUCUAGCUAUCUAUCUCUAUAUAAACAAAAUGAAAUGGCUUGGUUUAAAACAAAACAAAACAAAAGGCUACAACUUUCAAGUUUUCCAGGAAGAGGUCUUUUGUACAAAAGUGGCAAGGUACAAGGGGGACAAUACUUUAGGGGUGGAAGAAAGGGGGACAUAAAGCAUUUAGUAAACAAAACAUAAAGCAUCUUUAACAUGAAUAAUCAGAAUGGUUUUAAAUUGUUUUGUUGCAACUAUAAAUCACUAUAAUCAGUGCAAUCACUCAGCUCUGACAUCCAUUAGCCGCUUGGUUACAGCAAAUUAACAAAGAAGAGAGAAAGUGAUUCAUUAUCUCAUUCCUGUUAAUGACUAUCAGAUGCAUUGCCUAAUUAGGGGAUGGUCAUUGUAGUGGGAAGAAGGUCAUAUGCUUUGCUACAAAUCUUUUUGCUCUGAAUAUAAGUUCUCCAUAAUGGUGCAUGCAAAAAACACAACAAGUAUUUUAAAAAUGAGUAUUGACAUGUUUUGGUUAUCCAUUUUAGAUUUUCAAAGUAACCCAUGAAGCAUAUGCAGCUGAAUUUUAAAUGAAGCAUCUUUUACUACAGAGUGCUUCUGUUCUAAAAGCAUCUUUGGACUCACAUGUGGAAAAUAAUUCUAUUAAUUUGAUGUUUUUCUCUACUUUCUUCUUACUUUUCUGUCCUGUUGUGAAAGUAAAUGUAGAAAACCAGUCACAUAAUAGACUUAAGCAAUGAAACAUAUUGUAACAUGGGGGAAACAGGUUUUAGAGUUCCUGGUUUCUAUUCCUGGCAUGACAAAAUAAGCAAAUCAUCACCAAAUCACAUUUAUGCAGCAUCCACGUGGACUGGCGUUGUGCUAAAUGCACACAGAGAAAGUUACGCAAGCAUGCUGCCCUCUAAUUCUUCAAUGCAGGCGGAGGAGAAACCUGAACCAGCCCUGGAGUGCUGGGACCUAUGGAGCCAGUGAAAAACUCAGGCAAUUUAUGGCUCGGGACCCUCAAAGAACAACAACCUUUAGCUUUAUUUGUUGGAAACAGGAUGAAUUGAUGCACUUGGCUCCUCAGAGGAGGUCACAUUUCAGGAAACACUUGAAGGAAGGAAGAGAGGUGGCUUGGCACAUAAGCACAUAUUGUAGGAACUGAUACAAUGAAAGGAUCAAAGCUGCACCUCAUAAGGUAGAAUGGAGAGUGCAUUCUGCAGACUUCUCAGGACUAUUUUAAGGAGCAGGCUGUGGGGAGAAGUUGAUUGGAUUAAAGCUUUCACUAUGGAGGAAUGAGAAAGGACACAACUAAAAACUCAAUUGUAUUUUAUUAAGUGAUACUGAGUACUUUCUCUUUAAGAGCUAUUUUGGGUGUAUUCUGCAUGCCAGAAGCUAUUCUACAGCAUUUCUAUAUUCUGUAUUCUCUCUCUUAAGUAUCACAACAAACAUAAAAUAGUUCUACUUUAAUCCCCAAUGAAGAAGAGGAGGCAUUGAGAGGUUAAGCAACUUGCUUAAGGGCACAUAGCUACUAAAUAAAUGGCAGAGCUAGUAUUUGAAUCUGUACCCUUUAGUCCCAGAGACCAUGUUUGUCCCCACCUAGAGCAUUGCCCCUCAAUGUCAUUGCUCAGGCCAAGUAUAGUAGCAGUCACUAGAGAUGAACAGUUAAGACUUAGUGCCUGUCUCAUGGAGCUUGUGGUGAAGUGGGCACACAGACUUUAACCUAGUAAUCCAUGCCCUCACAGACUGUGAUAUGAAAGAAAACAAAAGGGAGAGGCAAAAGAUUGAGCUGGAAGAGGUGAUUUGGAUCAGGGAGGGCUUCUUUGAGGAAGUGACAUUCUGUAAGUGGACCAGUAUGGUCAGGGAAGGAGGAGCGUGCACAGAAGCUGAGUAGCCUGUUGUCAGUUAAGAGGAGGGCUUUGGAGUAAGUGGGUUGCAGUGUAAAACCCUGUUCCUGGCUAUAGUGUUGGCUGUGGUUGGGUGGAGUGGAGUGAGUGAGGGCAGAGGGAGGGUGUGCCAAAGUAGAACUCCAGAGAUGGUGCAGUUACCCAAAUCAAUAAAAGACAGGGCCAGUUUGAAAUCAGUUCCUUGUAGGGAGACAUUGGCUUAGAAUGACAAUUAUUCAACCCAGAGGAGAAAGUAUUGUCACAAGAGAAGUAAUAGCGUUUCUCCAAACCAGUCCUAGGGCCUUCCUCAGGCUAUACUGGAUUUCAGAAGAGGUUUUAUAAAGUGGAAGCAAUCUAUAUUAUGCAGCUACAUGAUUUAAAUAUCUUUGAUUUUCCCAAAUUUCUACAACGAAUAAGAACUAUUGUAAACAGAAAAAUAAAGAAUGUUUAAAAUACAAGAAUUAGAAAGUGAUUUGCAAGGUAAGAUAGAUGACACUGAGCUAAGUGAAAUUGGAAUAUGAAUUUAAAUAUGAUGAGCAGCCAGGUGCUGGUGCUUAUGUCUGUAAUCCUACCUCUUUGGGAGGCUGAGAUCAGGAAGAUCGCAGUU